AUAUUGACGAAGAGUUGUUUUUUUUUUUAAAUGCAGGCUACGAAUAGCAAAACUGCAUUGUAUAACAAUUUACGACAAACUACAUGAUGAUUUUAUCUGUGUUUUUGAUAACAGCGGGUCACGAUGACAGUACAACUAGUUUAUGGGGGGCAAAAAUACAACUGUUCACUGCCUGCUCAAAUAUCUCAGGCGCUGCACGAUUUCAUCAUUUCCAUUCGGGUUCUGCACACAGUGUUCAACAGAAACUAUCCGCGCACUCUAGUGCGCCAAAGAAAAGUGAUAAUCGCAUUUAACGUGGAGGAGAAAGACGUAUCAGUGCGUUUUUAUUUUGUGAAAUUUAUUAGACCCGUUUUAGCAAAUAUCUUUUCAAGAAUCAGCUAGCCUCGGUUUAUCAAACAUUUAAAUUAAUAGAGAAAUGGAACACCAAUCUACCUUAUCUGCAAGAACAUUUUUGGCGUUGACCUUGCUGAUAGCUAUGUCUUCUUGUACUUACUGUUUGGAUAAACUGAAUAUGUGUAUGAACGCCAAGCACCAAAAAACCGAGCCUGGCCCAGAAGGCGAACUCUACAAGCAAUGUGAACCAUGGAAAGAGAACGCAUGCUGCACUGCAAACACUUCAGCCGAAGCCCAUGAAGAUAACUCCUACCUCUACAACUUCAACUGGGACCAUUGUGGCAUCAUGAGUGAGAAGUGCAAGCGUCACUUUAUCCAGGACACCUGUUUCUAUGAAUGCUCCCCUCACCUGGGACCCUGGAUACAGCCAGCAGAAGAAUCUUGGCGUAAGGAGCGUAUUCUUGAUGUUCCACUGUGUCUGGAGGACUGUGAAAGUUGGUACAAUGACUGUAAGGAUGACAUAACCUGCAAAGACAACUGGCACAAAGGCUGGAAUUGGAGCACAGGCAUAAACCAAUGUCCAAGGAAUGCUGUAUGCCGCAAGUGGACUGAGGUGUAUCCCACCUCCCAGGUUAUGUGUGAGAAGAUCUGGUCCAACUCCUACAAGUACACCACUCUCACCAAGGACAGUGGUCGCUGCAUGCAGAUGUGGUUCACUGGGCCAAAUCCCAACAGAAAGGUCGCUGAAUACUACCUCAACGGAGCCCCUCGCACAGCAGCCAUGGCAACAAGCCCCGCCCCUUUUCUUGCUGUCCCUCUGUUAAUGCUUUUGCAGUGAAAUACCAUUAAAACAAUGAUGGAAAUGA